UCCAGGUAAUGGAGGAACCACAUCGACUACCUCAUCAAAGAUUAUCAAUGUUCCUGAAUUAUCUAGUUCACCUAAGGAUUUCCCAGCCUUGCAGAAAUUUGCCGUAGAUCACGAUGUUAAGUUAGUCAUUCCUGGCCCUGAACAACCUUUGGUUGACGGAAUUUCUAGUUUUUUCAAUAAGGUUGGUAUUCCAGUUUUUGGACCUUCAGCAAAGGCUGCAGUCAUGGAAGGUUCAAAGGCUUUCUCUAAGGAAUUCAUGGACAAACAUCAAAUUCCAACUGCCAGAUUCAAGAACUUCACUGACGUAAACAAAGCCAGAGAACAUAUUAAGAAUAUUGAUUACCAGAUUGUUCUUAAAGCUGAUGGUAUCGCUGCCGGUAAGGGUGUUCUUAUUCCUCAAACCAAAGAAGAAGCUUUGCAAGGAUUGGACGAAAUCAUGGUUGCUAAGAAUUUCGGUAGUGCGGGUGAUGAAAUUGUCAUUGAAGAAUUCCUUGAAGGUGACGAAUUGAGUAUUUUAACCAUUACUGACGGUUAUUCGUUCUUCAACUUCCCAGCUGCUCAAGAUCACAAGCGUGUUGGUGAUGGUGACACCGGUUUAAACACUGGUGGUAUGGGUGCUUAUGCUCCUGCUCCAAUUGCCACCUCUGAGGUCUUGGCCACUAUUGACCGUGAAAUUAUCAAGCCUACUAUUGACGGUAUGAGACAUGAUGGAUAUCCUAUGUGUGGUAUUUUAUUCACUGGUAUUAUGUUAACCAAGUCUGGUCCAAAGGUCUUGGAAUAUAACGUUAGAUUUGGUGAUCCAGAAACUCAGACUGUUUUACCAUUAUUAUCAGAGGAAACUGAUUUAGCUCAAGUUAUGUUGGCUGCUGCUGAACACAGAUUAGAUUCAGUCACUCUCAGUGUUAAACCAAAUAUGUACUCUACUACUGUCGUUAUGGCUGCUGGUGGAUACCCAGAAGCAUAUAAUAAGGGUGAUGUAAUCACCGUCAAGGAACCAUUACCAAAGGAUACUUUUAUUUUCCAUGCUGGUACUGCCGUUAAGGAUGGAUCUGUCGUCACUGCUGGUGGUAGAGUUAUUGCCGCCACUGCAAUUGCACCAAGUUUACGUGAAUCUGUUGACAAGGCAUACGUCGGUGUUGAGCAUGUUUCAUUCAACAAUAAAUAUCACAGAAAAGAUAUUGCCCAUCGUGCAUUCCGUGAUGCCGAUAAGGCUAGUUCCACCGGUGGUGUCACUUACGCUGAAGCCGGUGUCUCUGUCGACAAUGGUAACUUAUUAGUUGAACAAAUUAAAGCCAAAGUCAAAUCUACUGCUCGCCCAGGUGCUGAUUCCGAUAUUGGUGGUUUCGGUGGUUUAUUCGACCUUAAAGCUGGUGGAUACAAUAGUGACGAUACUUUGUUAGUAGCUGCCACUGAUGGUGUUGGUACCAAAUUAAGAAUUGCUCAAAUUAUGGAUAUUCAUGAUACUGUCGGUAUUGAUUUAGUCGCUAUGAAUGUAAAUGAUUUGGUUGUUCAAGGGGCUGAGCCAUUGAUCUUUUUGGACUAUUUCGCUACUGGUAAAUUAGAUAUUGAAAUCGCUGCUAAAUUCGUCAGUGGUGUUGCUGAUGGAUGUAUCCAAGCUGGUUGUGCUUUAGUUGGUGGAGAAACUUCAGAAAUGCCAGGUAUGUACGAUGAAGGUCAUUAUGAUACCAAUGGUACUGCUGUUGGUGCUGUUCUCAAAAACAAGAUUUUACCACGAGUCGAUGCUAUGGAAGCUGGCAAUGUAUUAAUUGGGUUAAGAUCUGAUGGUAUCCACUCCAAUGGUUUCUCAUUAGUUCGUAAGAUCAUUGAGAUUUCCGAAUAUGAAUACAGUUCAGUUGCUCCUUGGAGCAAAUCUGGUAAGACAAUCGGAGAAGAAGUUUUAGUUCCUACUAAAAUCUACGUUAAACAAUUGCUCAGAUCAAUAAAUGAAGAUUUAUUAUUAGGGUUAGCACAUAUCACUGGUGGUGGUUUAGUGGAAAAUAUCCCAAGAGCAUUACCAAAGACUUUACAAGCCAAGGUAGAUAUGAACACUUGGGAAGUACCAGAAAUCUUCAAAUGGUUUGGUAAACAAGGUAAGGUUCCUUAUGAUGAUAUCCUAAAGACCUUCAAUUUAGGUGUUGGUAUGGUCUUGAUUGUCAAGAACGAAAAUGUUGAUCAAGUAUUGAAGAACUUGGAACAAGAUGGGGAAAAAGAUGCUAUUGUUAUUGGAUCUUUAGUUGAAAGAAAGGCUGGUGAACCUGGAUGUGUUGUUGAAAAUGUUGAUGGAUUAUAUUAGUUUGAUUUUGAUAUGAAUAAAUAAUUAGUUAGAGUAAUUGUAUUACCUGUAUUUU